UAGAAAACCUCUAUACUACAAUUGUCCGAGUCUCCAGAUCCCCGAGAUUGAGGUAAUCAUUCAACAGGAAAAUAUAUUUCCCCUAUAAAAAGGGAGAAUUAUUAACGGAAAAGAAAGUAAACAAACUGCAGUAUUUAUAAAAUGGAAGAGAACCAAAGCAGCAGCGCCGCCGCCAUGAAAAAGGUUUAUCUGAUAAUCAACUGCCUCAUACUCGCCGUCGGCAACUGCGGCGGGCCCCUCAUCAUGCGCCUCUACUUCGUCCGCGGCGGCAAGCGGAUCUGGUUCUCCAGCUGGCUCGAGACCGGCGGCUGGCCCGUCACCCUCAUCCCGCUCCUCGUGGCCUACACGCGCCGCCGCGGCACGGAUACGCGGCUCUUCUUCAUGCGGCCGCGCGUGUUCGCGGCGGCGGCGGUGAUCGGGACGAUGACGGGCCUGGACGACUACAUGUUCGCGUACGGCGUGGCGAGGCUGCCGGUGUCGACGUCGUCGCUGCUCAUCGCGACGCAGCUGGCGUUCACGGCGGCGUUCGCGUUCGUGCUGGUGCGGCAGCGGUUCACGGCGUACACUGUGAACUCGGUGGUGCUGCUGACGCUGGGGGCGGUGGUGCUGGGGCUCCACACGAGCGGCGACCGCCCCGAGGGGGAGUCGAAUAGGGAGUAUUUGAUGGGGUUUUUCCUGACGCUGCUGGCGGCGGGGCUCUACGGCCUCAUCCUGCCGCUCAUAGAGCUCACGUACAAGCGGGCCAACCAGCCGCUCACCUACACCCUCGUCAUGGAGAUUCAGUUGGUCAUGUGCUUCUUCGCCACCGCCUUUUGCACCGUCGGGAUGAUCGUCAACAAAGAUUUCCAGGCAAUCUCAAGAGAAGCCAAAGCAUUCGAACUGGGAGAGACAAGAUACUACGUUGUUGCCGUUUGCAGCGCCAUAAUUUGGCAAUGCUUUUUCUUGGGUGCAAUCGGAGUCAUAUACUACUCUUCAUCACUGUUAUCAGGCAUCGUCAUCACAGUUCUGCUUCCUGCAACUGAAGUAUUGGCUGUUAUUUUCUAUCACGAGAGAUUCCAAGCCGAAAAGGGCAUCUCUCUCUUUCUCUCUCUUUGGGGUUUUGUCUCCUAUUUCUAUGGUGAUAUCAAACACAACAAAAAGAAGAUGAAGAACAAAAACAACCAUAUAAAUCUUGAUAAUAAUGGCCAGACUGCAGAAACACAAUUGGUGGAUCAAACUCACAUACCUUGACCACUUCCUUUUCUUCAUCAUUUUACAUCAUAUUAUUCACGUUUUACUAUAUAUCAUCAAUGAAUAUGUAUUGGUCAUAAUAAUUAAUAUUGUCUAAAAUUAAUGAUACUAUUAUUAUUAUUUA